AUGGCGUUGAAGGCCAAGAACGUCCUUAUUACUGGAGCUUCCAUGGGCAUUGGCGAAACACUCGCCCGGAGAGUCACUGCUGAGGGGGCGAACGUUGCCUUAUUUGCGCGGUCAAAGGAUAAACUGCAAGGAAUCACAGCGGAUCUCCAGAAGGAGCAUCCAAGCACGAAGGUAAUAUUCAAGGCCAUCGACUUGCAAAGCUAUGAAGCUGUUGAGAAUGCCGUCAAUGAGACGGCGAAAGAGAUUGGCACCAUCGAUAUCUUGAUAAAUAAUGCUGGACUCGCCCUAGGUGCGCCGGCCGCAUUCCCGGACCUCAAAGUCUCUGACAUUGUGACCAUGAACAGCACAAACAUUAACGGACUCAUGUUCGUGACAUAUGCUGUCCUCAACUCGUCCAUGAUGAGUCGAAAGGAGGGUACAAUUCUCAAUGUGACAUCCGUUACUGGGCUAGAAGUUCCUCCGUUCCCCGGUGAAGCAGUGUACCAUUCGAAUAAAGCUGCUCAGGAGGCCUUCACGAAUGCUCUGCGCAACGAACUUACUGGGACCAACAUUCGAGUCCUUGCCCUGCGCCCUGGAGUCGUGGCGACAAAUUUUCACUCUCUUCGUGUGGGACAUGAUAAGGAGAUGUAUGACAGUUUCAUUGAGGGAUAUACUCCUCUUGAAUCAGAUGAUGUUGCGGGUGCGGCGAUGUAUAUGCUCAACCAACCACUGAAUAUAUCUAUAAAGGCCCUGGAUGUGGUCCCUUCGGCACAAAGAUCCCUUACCGUAUUCGAUCGGGGGUGGAGUGAGAGGAAUGCAUGA